GCUCCCUCUGGUUUAUUACACAGUAUGUGCAAACAGUAAGAAUUCAACUUAAUCAUAAAAAUAACUUAAUAUGAAUCAAGGACAAAUAAAUACUGGAAACUUUAACAUCAGUGAAAAGAUGAAAUGUAACUUAAGUGUAAACAAUACAUUUGGAUCAUGGUUGUACUUUUUUUUAUCAGUAAAUUUCCUUUUUUUUCAAUGUGAAAUUUAGCAAAGUAUUCAUUUUUGUAUGUUGUUUUGGACUAACAGGGAAAAAAAAUAUUUCCCGGUCGAAGUGCAAAGUUAGAAAAACCUUAUCAAAGAUAAAUCGACAAAUAUCUUGCCACAGUUUACAGGUACAUGACUCUUUUUUAUUAAAACAUACACAAAAUGCAUGCAUAGAGCAUAUGUGUACAGACAAAGACAAUAUUAAUGUUGUCAAACAUAUGAAAGGGGGAUAUUUAGACAAUAUGAGAAAGCAAACACACACAAAUAAGUUAGAUAAGAUAGAUAAAUUAUUGUAUAAACGGUCAGAAGUCGGAGUUCACGAGGAGAACAUGGACGCAGCACAGUUUUCCCCCUUGGUGGGUGUGAGCUUCAGCGAAGUGCGCCCCCUAUCUGCCGGAGCCUGACACUGGUGCUCCCGCAUGGAGGAGAGGAGGAGGCCGGAGAGAGGAGGAUGCUGUCGUCACUGACCUCAGUGAAAUGACAGCAGAAUGAACAUGGAGUCAUUUUAAAUAAACAGCUUUCGCAACCUCCAUCCGGCUCGAUGAUGGCGGCGCGGUGCACGGAGCGAGCCGUGCAGGAGUUCCUGAGGGAGAGAGGAGGGAGGGUCCAACAGAUGGAGCUGAUCGAUCAUUUCCUAUCACGGUCCGUGGCGGCGGUGGGGGAAGAUGACCAGCCGGGGGAAGGGGUGGACCGCGAGGGGCUGCGACGCGUCGUGGACAGCGUGGGCUUCGUGAAGGUGGAGGACGGCGUGAAAUUCGUGUGUUUGCACGCGGAGGCGGCGAUGCGUGAGGACGGACCCGAGCGGGCGGAGUGCAACGGUAACAUCCCGCAGACCGCGGAGCACCGUGGGAACGGCAACCCUGACAACACGCACCACACAGGAGUACCCAGUCCACCUGCUGCAAACCUGGACAAUGACAGACAGUCAAAUGGAAACCAGCAACCUGCAGCCUCCUCCCAGAUAAAGGUCAACACAGGCCCCCCGACCUCCGCUGGGAGAGGGGAGGUGAAGCUGAGGGACAGGAGGAGGCGGGAGUCGGCCCCGAUCAUCGGGAUGCCAGACCUGGACCAGGCCCACCCCGGGUGGUCCCACAGCCAGCAGGUGAGAGGGUCACGGAGGGUGUCCAAAGGCUCCCAGAGGGCCAUGCUGACCAGCUGCCUGUCAGAGGACAGCACCUUGGAGGGGCUGGACCCCGUCGGAGAUAUCAACACGCCCAAGGGAAGUCGCAGAAACUUCAUAGAGCUGAUGAUGAGUAGUUCUCCACAGGUCCGGAGGUCCCUGAUCAACCGCGGCUCUCGCCUCCGGGACUCAAUAAAAGGUGACGGAGAUACAAUAUCAAUCCUCUCCUCAGCCACUGACGAAGACUGUGCCUCGGUGACCCUCGACCCACUGGAGCACGAGUGGAUGCUGUGCGCCUCAGACGGCCUAUGGGAAAGCCUGCAGCCCCUGCUCGCUGUCGAACCCAGCCUCGUGGCCAAGAGAGACUUUGUGACGGGCUUCACCUGCCUCCACUGGGCGGCCAAGCAAGGCAAGGCCGAGCUGAUCUCCCAGCUGCUGGCCCACGCCAAGGAGAAUGCUACACCUGUGAAUGUAAACGUGAGAUCGGGUGCUGGAUACACGCCGCUGCACCUGGCAGCCAUGCACGGACACACACAGGUGGUUCGUGUAUUGCUGUCAGACUGGGAGGCCGACCCUGAUGCUCGAGACUACAGUGGGAGGCGAGCCAUCCAGUACCUCGCCGCGCCGCUGGCCGCCAACCUGCACGAGGAGGGACUGGUCACCUCACCGGGGGCUGAGUCAGACACGAAUGGCGGCAGUAGCAGCGGAAGGGGGCGUGGUUGGAGGUUUGCCAGAGUCCUCCAGGGCAACCUGAACCCGCUGCGGCUGCUGAACCCCCCAGCCGAGGCGGCGGAGGAGGCCGGGAAGACUAAAGGGGGCAUACAGAGGAAGUCGUCUCUGAGCCGACUGAACGCCCGGCUGCACCGAGGGCGCCACAGGGCUCAGAUCAUCCACAGCGCCUCCUUCAGGGACGCGGGGGAGGUGGGGCGAGGGGAGGAGCUGCCCAGCACUCCCCUCCGCACCCGACCACUGUCCAACCUGUUUGGAUGAAACUGCCACAAUUUUUAAACCAGUUUGACACAUUUUGAUUCACAGGAUAAAGUUUACAAUCUGGUAGGUCAGACCGGAUGUCACCAAAAUUUAAAGUACACAUCCUAAUAUAGUGUCAAGCUCUUUUUAAAGUCUUCUUAUUAUACGUUUUUAAAAGAAUAAUCUAAUAUUUUUUCAAAGAAAUAUAUAUAACUUAUUUUUGUUCCUAUUGCAGUUGUUAGAUUUAUGUUGACCACUAAAAACGUUUUUUUCAUCAUGACACAAACUAAGUUAAAGCUCUGUGAAACAUCGAUUUUUGCGUUAGUGGUGUUUUCUAUCAUCUUUUGGCUCUUAUUUAGAGCAGGUAGCAAAUAUUACACACUUUUUUUUUUUGUCUUAUACCUUUCACUGCAACAAUGUUCACACACAUUCACAAGCACCGGGCAGGAUUUGUACUGCAUUUUCAUUAAUGAUUUGACUCACAGUGGCGAGGGGAUUUGAGAAUAGCACUCGGUUUAAUUCCACACGGUUUUAUCCACAAUCCUGUUUUUUGUCUGCAGAGUAAAGUAAUAUAUUUCUAGAGCUCAUUUUCUAUAUUUCAAGCUCCUCUUAUUGGAUGGUGCUGGAUUUUUUUAACAGUAUAUUCCUGUAAUGUGAAUGUUUUUUCUUUUAUUCAAAGUAGCAGAUUUUAAUAUUCCAACAGUUGUAACCACAGAAUUAUUGUGUGUCCAGUCAUCAUGUUUGCACUUGUCACUUUGAAGAUAGCAGGCAAUAACUGGACAAAAUCCCUUCAACUGAAACCAUGGCAACUGUUUUUGGUCUUAUUUACAGUUAUAGUUGAUAUCUUAUAUACACAAUAGAAUUGGGUGAUCAAAUUCUGCUGUAAUCUGCUGUAUCUAUAAGUACACAUGAGACUGAAAUAUUUCUAUACCUUUAACUUCUGUUAAUCAAAACUUGGGGACUAUUUUCAGGCUGUCAUGGCUUUAGUUGGAUCCAGUUAUUUGUAUAAAGGUGCUGAUCAGUUACACACUACAGUUGUUUCAAUGGGUGGAAGCACAGGGGAUGCUAACAAUGUUUAUAUACCUUUUUCUACUGACCAUAAUGUACCUCAAUUACUCAGUCGGGUUUAAACUUAUUGUUAUGUUAUGUGACCCUGAUGGUCAUUUGCAGUAUUUUACAGUGUUUUCAGACAUUUACUCUGCGUAUUUGACUAUUUUCAGUCUAAAAAUAUUCACAACUACAAGGGCAUACUGAAGAGUGCUGACGUCCGCCAGGGCCCAACAGUCCCCUUGAAAAAUAAUAAUUUGAAAAUAUCUCGCAAUGUAAAAUAGGUUGGAAAAAAAUUCCUGUAUCAAUCUCCUGAUGCUGAUCCACACCAACAUUGAAUGGGGUAUUCAUUGGACCAUGACCCACCCCUCAACAAAACUUCAUGGAAAUCGGUUGAGGACUUUUUCCGUAAUCCUGGUCACAAACAAACAAACACAUGCUGACAAAAACAUCACCUCCUCGAUGGAGGAAAUAAUGGCCCAGUUUCACUAUUUCAUGCAGAAUUUUAACUUGACCAUUCCCCAGGAUAUAGACACAAUAUAAAUGAUAAUCUGUUCAGGUUAAAGGUCGACACGACCAGAGACUUAAACACCCAGCGUGACACUGAUCAGUUAAACACUAAAUAUGCAAACACACAACCUGCAUUGUAUGAUAUUGAAUAUAAAGUCUAUAUUGUCCCUAUGUGUGUUAGUCUGACAUUGCAUUUUCUCAUUAACCACGUCUGUGUCCUCUGUGAAUAUUAAGGAGUCUAGACUUGAAUAUGCUAUAUGUGUUUAACCGAGGAGCACAUUGACUUUUUUAACAGUUUUUUCCCUGAAUAUGUGAACUUUUUCUUUCUCAGUGACACAUCUUAGAUUUCACAAAUGUUCCCUUUGUAGUCGAUUUUGUAGCUUUGUACUCGGAUCACAGUAAAUUUUAUGUCUGACUCUUUUGAUGUUGAAACAUGUAUUACACAGAUGUACUUUGAUAUUGCAUUUUCAGGCGCAUGAAUAUGGGAAAUGUAAAUUCUGUGCAUUGUUUAUGUCUGUCUCUAAUUAAUUGUGUCAUCUUGGUGGAAUACUG